UUUAAGAUCAUCAACAAGUUUUAUGGACCAAACAUAUGUCAAAAACAUUACACACGGAUUCCAUGUUGACCAUUUGUUGUAAACAUUGUAGAUGUAAGUCAUGUAACUAAAAAAAGACAUUCACUUUGAAUGGAUAAGUAUGGUGGGGUGUAGAUUUUUUUCCUCCUUCCUGAGCCUAAAUUAACCAUUGGACCAAUCCAAAAAACGAAUGGCCAGUUUGAAAUCGAAAGUGAGCUACAGCUGCAGCAACAACAACACCAACUCCGUCCCUUUCUAUCUCUCAUCAUUCUGCAAAAAAGUGGUAACACAAAUUAGAUUCCCAAACACAACCAUAUCUCCUCCUAAGCUUCAACUUCAAACACUUGGAAAUGCAAGAGCUAAAGUACUUUCUGCUAAAAUUGAAGCUGGAACUGUGAAUGAGGUCCUUCCACCUCCGCUUGAUUCAACUUCAGAACCACCUCAAUUUUUUGAUGGAACUACAAGGUUGUAUAUAUCAUAUACAUGCCCGUUCGCACAGCGUGUGUGGAUCACUCGGAAUUGUAAGGGAUUGCAGGACAAGAUAAAGUUGGUUAUUCUUGAUCGGGAAAAUAGGCCUGCUUGGUACAAGGAGAAAAUCAACUCAGCUGACAAGGUGCCAACAUUGGAACACAAUAAUGAAUUCAAGGGAGAGAGUCUUGAUUUGAUUAAAUACAUUGACAGUCACUUUGAAGGACCUUCUCUCUUCCCUCAUGAUCCAGAAAAGAAAGAAUUUGCAGAAGAGUUGCUGUCCUACACUCAUACGUUCAACAAAGCUGUGUUUUCUUCAUUUGAAAGAGAUGGGAAUGAAGCAGGUGCUGCAUUUGGUUACAUCGAAACAGCUCUUUCCAAAUUUGAAGAUGAACCAUUUUUUCUUGGUCAGUUUAGUCUGGUGGAUAUAGCUUAUGCUCCAUUUAUUGAAAGAUUUCAGCCCUUCUUAUUGGAUGUAAAGAAGUACGACAUCAUAGCAGGCAGGCCGAAACUGGUGGCUUGGAUUAAGGAGAUGGACAAAAAUGACGCUUACAAACAAACUAGACGUGAACCAAAGGAGCUUGUUGAAAUUUACAAGAAACGCUUCUCGACACUACUCUGAAACCAGUCUCUCAAAUUACAGCAUUCUAUUAACUCUCCACACGUUCUAGAAAUGGCAUUGAGCUCCUCUUCUCUCUACUUUUGUUUGAUUUGGUAUCAAAGAAUUUUUAUUUUUAUGUUUUAGGGUUUCAACAUGAAUGUAAUGUACUUCUUGUAUUUCAUUUUCAGAGAUAUAUUGUUCUGAUAACUUAAUUUGUGUUGUUUUUUUGUUUUGUAUUUUGUAUUUUUCCCCCUUAGAGUGGGGAGGUUGUAGCAAGAAUCAAACAAUCAAACCCAACUCAUUGUGGUUUUAAACUUUGUUGAAAAUAA